AUGGGGUGGUGGGGUAAGGGGGUGGUGAAUGGGGGUAAGGGGGGGGGUGGGGAAAGGGAGCCGCAGGACAACAGCCGCAUGGGCACCGCCGCACUUCAGCACGCUGACAGUUCAUCGGCAUCUAUCCGGGGUGCAAGAGGCAGGGGUUCAGAUGGGCAGUUAGAUGCAGUGAACUGUAAGCGUGUGAAUGUGGGCGGGGCCCAGGCGGCUGUGUACCUGCAGCGCCUCCUGCAGCUGAAGUCUCCUGCUCACUCUGCAGCCAUCACUCUGAGCCGCAUGGAGGAGCUGCUGCACCAACACAGCUACUGCGCCCUGGACUAUCACCACGAGCUGGAGAAGUGGAGGAGCCCUGAGUUUUAUGAGCGUGAGGUUCAUCGGAUGCAGCUUCCGUUCUCGAUGAAGACGAGUGCAGUGAGUGUGGAGGAGAGGAAGCACCAGCAGCUGAGGAGGCUGCAGGAGGUCAACCACCGCCGCAGGGAGGAGAGACUGCAGCAGGACCAGGAGCGCCUGGAGGAACUCCUGUCUGUUCAGAGGGAGCUGUUCUGUUACUGUACGACUGACACUGGCCACCAGAGGGAGCUGUUCUGUUACUGUACGACUGACUCUGGCCACCAGAGGGAGCUGUUCUGUUACUGUAGGACUGACUCUGGCCACCAGAGGGAGCUGUUCUGUUACUGUACGACUGACACUGGCCACCAGAGGGAGCUGUUCUGUUACUGUACGACUGACUCUGGCCACCAGAGGGAGCUGUUCUGUUACUGUACGACUGACUCUGGCCACCAGAGGGAGCUGUUCUGUUACUGUACGACUGACUCUGGCCACCAGAGGGAGCUGUUCUGUUACUGUACGACUGACUCUGGCCACCAGAGGGAGCUGUUCUGUUACUGUAGGACUGACUCUGGCCACCAGAGGGAGCUGUUCUGUUACUGUACGACUGACUCUGGCCACCAGAGGGAGCUGUUCUGUUACUGUACGACUGACUCUUAA